AUGUUGCCCGACGAAAUCAUUACGCAGCUGGAUGCCGAGUUCCAAUGUCGCCAUCACCAAAUACAGCAUCUUGCCGCUCUCUAUAGUGCCCAUCUCCCAUCUCCACCCUUGCUCAACAUACACGGCCUGACAGCAACGGGCAAAUCAUCCAUCCUGCGCUCCUUCUUUCACCUGUCACGCUUAUGCCAUGUCAUCAUCAACGUCCGCGAAUGCAUCACCACGCGCCAUCUUGUCGAGCGCAUCGUCGCAUCUACUCUCGAUGCUCUUGACGAGUUCCACGACGAGAAGACGGAUAGGAGACCAUAUGCGCGAACAGAGAACCUAAGCGCGCUAUGUGUGAACAUGGGAAAACUACUGGAGGGAAGAGGGAAAUUUGUCCUAGUGCUAGAUGCCAUGGACAAGCUGCGUGAAGGGGGAGGAACAUUGAUCGCUGCACUGGGACGACUGGGAGAAUCGAUGCCCAAUCUCUCCAUUAUCCUCUCAACAACCCUACCACUUGCGCCUUCCGUCCUCCACUCUUCCUCAACCUUAUUCCUCCAUUUCCCAACUUACUCACGCACCGACCUUAUCGCCAUCUUAGGUGCAAGCCCGCCAAAAAUCUUCCUCGACCCACCGUCUCUCGAACAGUUUCCCGACUAUACCCCAGAUCUUGCUGUUGAGGAUGAUGCAUGGCUCUGGGGCCGCUUCCUACAAGCCGUAUACGACUCUCUCGCCAAACACACAGGCAGAGACUUGGUCAGCUUCAAAGAUUGUGCCAUGCGCCUAUGGUGGCCUUUUGUCGAGCCCAUAAUAUCAGGCCAAUUCGGCACGCGCGACUUCUCCCGCUUAAUGGUAAACCGGCGCCACCUCUUCCAACUCGAAGAUUCAGUCCUGGAUCGCAUCGUUGUUGCCCCCAGCACCGCUGACCCUGUAACCAACGACACCGUAACCCCCGCCACGCCCAGUAAAAAGAAACUCGCAAACAUGACCGCUCACACCCUCCCUUACUUUACAACCCACAUCCUCAUCGCCGCAUACCUCGCCUCCUACAACCCACCCCGCACAGAUGUAACCUACUUUAUGAAACACACAGAUAAGCGCAAGAACAAGCGCCGCGCCCCUACCGCCGCCUCUUUCAGCGUCACCGGUAAACGCACCGGUUCCAAGCAUCGGAAAAUUAGUCGACACCUCUUGACCCCCAGCCCGUUCACGCUAGACCGCUUGCUAGCUAUCUUCCGCGCACUACUCGAUGGGACGGUGCCUCAAGUGGCAGAUUUGUACACACAGAUUGCUACGCUAACGAGUAUGCGCUUGCUUGUUCGCGCGGGAGGCGCAGGCACGAAUGAUGCGUUAGAGCCCGGGGCGAGGUGGAGAGUGAAUUUUGGGUGGGAGUAUGCGAGGGCGUUGGGGCGGACGGUGAAUGUAGAGGUGGGCGAGUAUCUGGUUGGAGGUGUGGACUAG